ACUAACAUCCGGGGUCAAAGUUGAUAUUUGCCAUGUGUAAAUGUUGCCGCAGCUGCUACAUAACUCUUUGAAACAGCUACAAUUUCAUUUAUAGCAACACAUGAAUUUUAGCAUUGGGAUUUGGAGGUUGUAUGUUUCAUCAACGGAUUACUUGUAGUUUUUUUUUUUAUUCGAACUUUCUGUUUCCGGGACUAGCUUCCGUUUUUACAUGUAUUUGAUAGUUUGCAUCCUUUAGGUGGUGCAAGCUGGUGCUAUGGAGGCUUAGGGUAACAUGCUAAAAACCCGACUACUGUUGAGUGCCUUUAUUAAACACAGACUGACGUUUGAGAGAAACGGUGUUUAUUUACAGACCUUUUGCACGAUGAGUCAAGGAUCCAGAGACGAGUGUGCAGCCAAGCUUGUGAAAAGAGCCAAUGAAGAAAACGAGGACUCUGCUGACAAGGUGCAAGCGACGAAAAGGUUAAAAGUAGAGGGCGAACCCACUGAAGAUGAUAAGAAAUAUCCGAAGAAGAAAGUUGUCCUCCUCCUGGCAUACUCCGGAAAGGGAUACUAUGGCAUGCAGAGAAAUCCAGGAACCUCUCAGUUUAGGACCAUUGAAGAUGCCCUGGUCACUUCACUUACUAAAUCUGGUUGCAUUCCUGAAAACCAUGGCGAGGAUAUGAGGAAGAUGUCUUUCCAAAGAUGUGCCCGAACAGAUAAGGGUGUGUCCGCUGCCGGCCAAGUUGUGUCUCUCAAACUGCGGCUCAUGGAAGAUAUAAUUCCAAAAAUAAACGAGCAUCUGCCAUCACAGAUAAGAGUACUCGGUCUCAAGCGGGUGACCCAGGGAUUUAAUUCCAAAAACAACUGUGAUGCCCGCACAUACGCCUAUAUGCUUCCAACGGUGGCCUUUUCUCCCAAAGACUAUGAUACUGGGGACAUUACAGGCUUUCGCCUUGAGCCCGAGACACUUCAGAGGGCUAACCGUCUGUUUGCUCUCUACAAGGGCACCCAUAACUUCCACAACUUCACCUCUCAGAAGGCUGCAAGCGACCCCAGUGCCCGCCGCUACAUCAUGGAGAUGUCCUGUGGAGAGCCUUUUGUCUGCAGCGGUACUGAAUUCGCGGUGAUCACAGUGCGAGGGCAGAGCUUUAUGCUGCACCAAAUUCGUAAAAUGAUCGGACUGGUGAUCGCGGUGAUAAGGGGCUAUGCGAAGGAAGAGGUUGUGGAGCGGAGUUGGGGACUGGAGAAGGUGGAUGUGCCCAAAGCUCCAGGACUUGGGCUGGUUCUGGAAAGGGUUCACUUCGACCGGUACAACAAAAAGUUUGGAGGGGACGGGCUGCAUGAGACGCUGGAAUGGGAGAACGAGGAGGAGGCAAUCAAGGCCUUCAAGGAGGCUCAAAUCUACCCCACCAUUGUGGAGACAGAGUGUCAGGAGGGCUCCAUGGUCAGCUGGAUGGCCACACUUCCAAUCCACGACUUUGAAGCUUCAGCUACAAAUACACAAGAGAAAAAAGAAAAGGACAACGCAGAGAUUACAGGAAAUGACUCUGAUUAAGUGGCCCUUCAUGCUUAAAGAAGAAAUAUUCUUUUCAACAAACAUUCUCUGUCUUUUGAGAGUUGGCUUUCAUUUUACGUUCGACAUUACAUCUUCCAUGAUUUUGUGGGAUUACAUUCUGCUUUUCUUUUCCAAAAGUUAUUAAAAGACCACAAUGUUAAUAAAAUCCUCUCUUUUCCUUGUGA